UUCAUGACGCCAGCAGACCUUUAGAGUCGUCUCUGUAAAUCUAAAUUGAACGAAUGUUUUUCUGUUUUACGACCUGAUACAGCUGCAGAGCGAGGGACAGGUAGGCUGGACAGAUGUUUCCCGCCAUGCAGAACAGUCCACAUGAAAAAGAACAUUCCGGAGUUCUCAGCAGUUCUUGUUUUCAUCCGGAGCGGAAUGUUCUGUCCCUGAACGUUCUGUUGCUAGGGGAGAGGCAGAGUGGGAGGAGCUCUGUGGGGAAUGCUCUGAUUGGUGGAGAAGGAUUCCAAACAGGCAUCCGCAUUUCUGGCAUCUCCGUGAAGACAGAGUGCCGACUCCUCAGCCGGACUUUCCAGAACUUUUUCAGAAGGCAAGGGGCGGAGUCUGACCUCCUGCUGAGGGUGUUAGACACACCCCCUCUGAUGCCCCACCCACAUAGCGUGCACCAGUUUUUCCCUGACGGCGUGCACGUACUUGUGCUUGUUGUGCGAGCUGACCUGACACAUGAAAACACACACCUGGAGGAGCAUGCCGAGGCUCUCCUGGGUCCAGAAUGGCGUCAUCACACUUUACUGGUUCUCACCUUUGCUGACCACCUGAAGAAGGCGGGGCUUCAUCCACCAGACCACCUAUCACAGACCGGUGACCGUCAGAGAACUCUAGCUGAAAAAGUAGAGGGUGGAGUCUUCCUCUUAGACAACAGCUGUGAUUGGCCGUCGGUCAGAGGACGACCGUUGAUAGAGCGAUUGCUCCGCCUCUCAGCUCGUAACCAUCACAAAGCUUUGAAGGUCUUGACAGAGGUCUCACUCUGACGUAUUUUACCUAUUGUGUACAUUUUAAUUCAAAGAUGUUCAAUGCUAAAUCAAGCUAAUUGAAACCUCUGGUGUUGAAUAAUGAAGUCAAUCUGGAUGUCCCUAAAACUGCAGUUCUUUAAGUGUCCACUUGAGGCUUCUUCCAAAAGUUAGCCUGUCCCCAUAGAGCCCCAUGUGAACAUGUCCAACUUUACAGCAGAGAUGAACAUGUUUACCUCAGAGAUCAUUCGUGACAACUUCACAUGAGAAGGUGAGGUUUUUAAAACCUCAUCUGUUUUUUUUUAUUGUGUGUCUGAUUUGAUUUGAUUUGAUUUGAUUUGAUUGGUGUGUGUUUUGUCGCUGUAGCCACUGAGUCCCAAAGGAUGGCUCCAGAAUCUGUUUCCCAAACUUUUAUCAGCGUUAAGUCGAAAAAAAGUUCAGAUACAAACCAACACUUCAUGUAUGGAGUGACUACUGUGUCAUGUUUUUAAUCAUAAACAACAACUCUGUAACAAAAAUGGACUUCAUGUCUUCUAAAUUCUAAGCUAACAGGAUUAGCUUCUGACUGGCUGAGAAUGAUUAGCAUUUGUUGAUAAUAAAAGUCCU